AUGAGCUCUUUCGGAGGAAGACGCAAGGCGCGCGUCAUCAAAGUCGACGACGCUGAUGAGCCGGAGGCGGGCUCUGAAACCACAUCCCAGGAGAAUGGGUCCACCCCUGCGCAAGCACCAGUGUUCUCGAAAGUGACUCGGAAACCUUUCAGACAGUCCGGAUUGAGAAAAAGUAUAAAUAUCGAAGAAGCUUCCCUCGAGGAAAAGUCAGCCACUACCACGACGACAACAGCGACCGCGACGACAAGAUUAGCAGACGACGAAAAUGAGGAUACUGGGAACGUAGUCGUUCGGGGUUUUCUGAGUCGUGCGGACUCUACGAAGCAAAAAAAGCGGAAGUCGUCCUCGAGAUUAUCCUUCGGCGUCCGAGCUGAGGAAGAAGGCGAGGAUGGGGUCGGAGGCGGCGCACGCACGCCUGAGGCGGUUACGCCGAAGAGAAAGGGAGAUGGGGGGUUGAAGAAGGCUAUCGCCUUGAGAGAUCUAGCCAUGCGCUCCAGAGAGGAAGAGGACCGCCCAAGAUACAGCAAAGAAUACCUUCAAGAACUUCAGAGCUCGACGCCAAACACACCAAAGGACACGUCCCGGAGUUCCGCGACAGAAGACGAAGAUAUGCACAUGGACCUAUCGGAGCUCGAAGGCGCGGUAGUAGUUGACUCUGCUGAACUUAUCGGUAGAACAGCAGCGACCGACGAAUCCUCCGCGACGAGGAUAUUAACGGACGCCGAAAUCCGCGAGAAGAAGGAACGGCGCGCUCGCCUCCGGCAGGAAGCGGAAGCCGAGUUCAUCUCCCUCGAAGACGACGAGGAGCCCUUCACUAUGAGAAAGGAGAAGGAAGCCACGCGUCUCGUGCGCGAAGAUGAGAACCUCUACGAGGGAUUCGAAGAGUUCGUCGACGACGGCGGCGUAGCGCUAGGUCGAAAAGCGGAGCGCGAAGCACGUCGCCGGAAGCGCAUGGAAAUGGCCUCCCUCAUCCAGGAAGCCGAAGGUAACUCGGAAGAAGAAUCAGAAGAGUCCGACGCCGAGCGCCGCGCGGCAUUCGAGGCGGCGCAGUCUCGCGCCGGAAUGGACGGACUCCGUCGCCCGACGCAAAAGCCCUCCGACCUCAUAGUCAAACCCAAAAUCACUCCGCUGCCGACCAUGUCCGAGUGCCUUGCCAAUCUACAAAACUCCCUCCAGCUCAUGGAGCGGGAGCUUGCGGCCAAGAGCAAGGAGGUUGCCGAUCUGAAGAGGGAGAAGGAGGAGAUUGGCCAGAGGGAGGUGGAAGUGCAGCGGUUGCUUGAUGAGGCGGGUGAGAAGUAUCGCGCGGCUGUGGCUGGGGUGGGGAGGGUGACGGAUUCGCCGGCGAGACAGAUCUUGCCUGGGGAAGUGCUGAGCGAGUUUGCCGCGGAGAGGGGCUUGGAGAGUUUUGGGACACCUACAAGGAAGAAUGGGGAUAUGGAUAAGGAUAUGGCCACACCGUGA